CGUAGCGUGCAGAUAACGCAUUAUAUCUCACACCACUUUCUCUCUAUGCUUUACCAGAGGAAUAAAGUUCAGUUUAGUUCUUUAUGAAUUUUCCAGAGAAACACAACCCUCAUCAGCGAACAUGGGAUCACUGAGACACACUUUUGCAGAGAGGAGUAAAGAAAGGUUACUAUCUAGAAAGGAUUACUCUGAAUUAGGGUUUGGAGGACCAUACGGUGGUGACGAUGAAGGUGUCAGAUUCCGGUGGUUCCGUUCCCUCGGCGACAAAUUCACCUAUUUCUGGACGAAUUCGAGAGAGACUGCAAUCAAGGCGUAUGAAAUGGGUCGGUCUGAUCCUCGCAAAGUCAUAUUCGCUGCCAAAAUGGGGCUCUCACUCGCACUCGUUUCGGUGCUCAUUUUCUUCAAAGAACCACUAGCUAACAUGGGUCAAUACUCAAUUUGGGCAAUUCUUACUGUCGUUGUGGUAUUCGAAUUCAGCAUAGGAGCAACUCUUAACAAAGGAUUCAACCGUGCUCUGGGCACAGUGUCUGCCGGAGCACUUGCUUUGGGCAUUGGAGAGCUGUCUGAGUUAGCUGGAGAAUGGGAUGAAGUUUUUAUUGUGAUCAACGUAUUUAUUGCAGGCUUCUUUGCGAGCUAUUUGAAACUGCACCCGGCGAUGAAGCAAUAUGAAUAUGGGUUUCGGGUGUUCUUGUUGACAUAUUGUAUCGUAUUGGUGUCCGGGACCUCAAAUUUUGUUGAAACAGCUCUAUCUCGAUUGUUGCUGAUUGCGGUUGGGGCUGGUAUUUGUUUGGGUGUAAAUAUUUGUAUUUAUCCCAUUUGGUCUGGUGAAGAUUUGCAUAAAUUGGUGGUGAAGAAUUUCAAGGGUGUUGCUACUUCCUUGGAAGGCUGUGUUAAUGGGUACCUGCAAUGUGUUGAAUACAAGAGAAUCCCUUCUAAGAUUCUUACUUACCAGGCUUCUGAUGACCCAACGUAUAGUGGAUAUAGAUCUGCUGUAGAGUCUACAAGCCAAGAGGAAACUUUGUUAGGCUUUGCUGUCUGGGAACCACCUCAUGGCCGGUAUAAAGGGUUGCGUUAUCCCUGGAGUCAGUAUGUCAAAGUGAGUGGUGCACUGAGGCAUUGUGCAUUCAUGGUCAUGGCAAUGCAUGGGUGUAUACUUUCAGAAAUACAGGCAUCACCUGAACUAAGACGGCGCUUUCAGAGUGAGAUUCAGAGGGUUGGCACUGCAGGAGCCAAAGUGUUACGUGAUCUUGGACACAAAGUAGAAAAGAUGGAGAAAUUAAGCACUGGAGAUAUGCUCAUUGAAGUGCAUGAGGCUGCAGAAGAGUUGCAAUUGAUGGUAGACCAAAAUCCAGAUCUUUUGGUUCCAAAUUGGGGAAGGGGAAGAAUGCAAAAGGAAUACGAAGAUCCUGAUAACUAUCAAGUGAAUGACAAUGAAUAUAGAAAAACAGUGAUAAAAUCUAUUAGUGAAUUAGCUCUUGACACAAGAUCAGUUCCCACAGCGAGAAACUGGGAUCCUCAUAAUCCAAACGUGAGCAUCAGUCCAUCCAUUUUACAGUCUGGUUCCUCAGAAGCUGUGCUGACGAAACAGAUAUCAUGGCCUUCUCGUCUCACAGUUCAAAAUGAUACCAUUCUCAAUGAACGCGAAGUAAGAACGUAUGAAAGCGCAACUGCAUUGUCGUUAACAACAUUUACUUCCUUAUUGAUUGAGUUUGUUGCGAGGCUUCAAAAUCUCGUGGACUCAUUUGAAGAUCUCAGUGAGAAGGCAAAUUUUAUUGAUCCCAUGGACCCACCUGCAGCAAAAGAGGUGGCCGGUGUUUGGACCAGAUUGCUCAAGUGGAUUUGCUUCAGGAGUUGAGUUCCUGUUUUCCACUGGCUCGGUAUCAAUCAUUAGGUUGACUUCGAUUCAUGUGCUGUUGCUAACAUCCUGAGGUUUUAGUAGAGUUAGUUUCAGUUUUUAUGACCCAAUUGAAACUGUUGUUGUUAGGCUGCAGGGAAGAAUCUCUUCCUAGAGGUGAUGGAAAGUUAAACUGAAAAUUUUAUAGUACAAUACUCGAUACACACUAUGAAGUUGUCAACUUCUUCAGGGCAAGCUGGACCAGGAAUUUCUCACUUCUGGUGAUUGCAGAGCAUGCACGGCAAAUUUUGGUGGGAUCAGAAAAAGAAAACAAAAAACAGAAGAAAGAUAGUAGGGAAGAAAUGAUAUAGACAGGGACUAACCUAUAACAUUUCUUGAAUAUGUUUGUAUAUUUUUUCAGUUGUAGUAGCAGGAUUAGGGAUGGCAAAGUAGAUCGCUCUGUUUAAAAUGGUUUUGGUAGUCUGUUUAACCGUUUAAUGUUUAAUGAUUUUGGACGGAGAUGGUUUUUACACUGAAAACAAGUGUGGGUGCAGGGUGGAGUAGGGGAAGAUCACCCCGCCCUGUUUAUAACGAGGAAAUACUAUUUUGCUCUUAUACCUUAUGUAAUAUAAAAAAUCACCCUUAUUGUUAGAAAAAUGUUAAUGUUUAUUUGGUUAAUUUGGUACAAUUGUGUAAAUUUUGAAUUUUGAAUUCUGAAUUUUGAAUUUUUAUUUUUAUUUGGUUUAUA